AUGAAUGGGGACUUGAGCCUGUCUCAGGCCCUCGGCGGCCUGCGGAUUGCGAACCCUGACGAUGCCCCCGAAGCCCCCGCCUCAUCAUUGCCGCCAUGCCCAGAUCCUGCAUCAAAUGUUUCUGUUGCACCUGAUCAUGCCGCCGCUGAUGGCAACUUGAAGCUUCUCGGCGCCGCAAACGUCGCCGCUACCGUCAACCCAAGUACCUCCCACCGUCCUAUCCACCACGACAGUCGCGAUGCUGGCCGGCCCAGAUCUUUCGUUCAUGAAAAAGGUGUGUCCGACUUAUCUUCGCAUCCUCUAGGAGAAGGCAAUCGGCGCAACAGCUAUCGAUUGCUCCAAGCCACUGGUGAUGGACGCGAGUCGGAGGGGUUCCGCUCCAUCUCACCGCUUAGGAAUUCCUAUGUUGGAUCUGCGUCCUCGCCUGCCACGACGAGCGGCCUCGAUAUCGCGCCAUUCGCUGGAAAUUCGUCGGUACCAGCCACCAGUGAAGAGUGGAAAGAUCGCGGGGCCGCCGUCGGCAUACGUCGCGAAGUCGACGCCAAUGGCCGUCCAUUUGUUCGGCAGGUUAAAAAGGGCGUCAGGGACUUUUCCUUUAGCCGUGUUCUUGGCGAGGGUUCCUACAGUACCGUUUACCUCGCCACGGAUCGCCAGACGCUCAAGGAGUAUGCAAUAAAGGUCCUCGAGAAAAGGCACAUAAUUAAGGAGAAGAAGAUCAAGUACGUCAACAUCGAAAAGAAUACGCUCAAUCGCCUCACGGAUCACCCGGGCAUCGUCCGCCUGUACUACACGUUCCAGGACGAAGCAUGCCUCUACUACGUCCUCGAUCUCUGCAAUGGCGGGGAACUGCUGGGUGUGUUGAAGAAAACCGGCACCUUCGACGUCGAGUGUGUGAGAUUCUACGGUGCCCAGAUCCUCGAUUCAAUACAUUACAUGCACUCGCGUGGAGUUAUUCACCGGGAUCUCAAGCCGGAGAAUCUACUUUUAGACAGUCAGAUGCACAUCAAGAUUACAGACUUUGGAACGGCGAGACUGCUCCAAGACCCGCGAGAGCCGCAGGGACGAGACACAGGCGGCACGGAUCGAGGUGUGGCUGACUCGGGGGGGCGGGAUGACCAGAACGACGGACGGGCGGCUUCCUUUGUCGGCACGGCCGAGUACGUGAGCCCCGAACUGCUUACGCACAAAGUCGCAUGCAAGGCCAGUGACCUGUGGGCCUUUGGCUGCAUUAUAUUUCAGCUCCUGAGCGGCAGACCACCCUUCAAGGCCGGCAGCGAAUAUCUGACCUUUCAGAAGAUCGUCAACCUCGAAUACGAAUUCCCCCCAGGUUUCCCACCAUUGGCUCGUGACCUCGUGGAGCGGUGCCUUGUGCUCGACCCGGCCACGAGGCUGACAAUCGAGCACCUAAAAAACCACGAGUUCUUCCGCGGCCAGUCGUUUGGCAAAUCCCUAUGGCUCACCAAGGCGCCGCGACUGCGGCCCUACGUUCCUUCGGCACAAGCGCCCAACAUCAUUCAGCUGAACGGCGUUUCGUUGGACAAUGCGGCGGCGGCAACGAGCGGCGCGCCGACAUCUGGUCCAUCACCCCAUGUGCAGGCCACUGCGGCCAGUGGCACCAACCGGCCUUCUCGCCUCGUAACCGACCUACCCCCUCCGACCCAGCUGGACAUCGAGUGGUCUCCCGUACUGACUAAGAGCAACGAGAGGAUUCUCAAACUCGGAGACUUGACGGUGAUACAAUCACCCUUGGCCAAUGGCCUUCAUGGAAAAGGUGCGGAUGAGGGCCACAAGAAGCUGUCUCGCUUCUUCGGAGGCAGCACGACCAAAAAGCGACAACGGCUGGUGUUGGUGACGUCCAGCGGGCGUAUUGUGCUAGCUCCCGUUGGUGGGGAAGAGAAGAGGGCGAAGCAUGAGCUGUCACUCAUCGCUCCGGACUGCACUUGGAGGAGCCAACAAGACGCCAAGGGGCAGCAGGUGUGGUGUGUCGAUUCGGGUGGUCACCACUACGUAUUCGAGGAAACCAAGGCAUCCCUCAGUUCGGACGGUGGCUACAAUUCGGCCAAGGAGUGGAUUGAGUCCCUGGAUAAAGCAAGAGACCUGGCCAUGUCCCAGAACCCAGACCCUCAAGGCGAUGACGGUUCAUUUGCCGAUCUACCUUCAGCCAUGUCGAGCCCGGCCAGUACCCUGGGCAGCCGAGCAAAUUAUGCGGAUGCCUUCGGAGUUGGUGAUAGAACGCAUCGCGGCCACCUGAGCAAGAGCCAGGGUGGGCUGGACGAAUCCAGCCAUAAAAAGAACCGCUUCAGCAAAAGGCAAUCCCGGAAUGGGCUGGGGUCUGCCUUUUAG